AUGGGGCCCCUGCCCCCCGCAGUCCGCGCCGCUGCCCGCCCUGGCCCCCGGCGGCCACGCUGCGGGCUGCCCGACGCGCCCGGGAACGCCGGGCAGGAGGAGUUGGAGGAGGACGAUGCCUUUUGCAGCGUGCAGGUGCCGGCGGCCGCCUUCCUGGGCUCCGGGACCCCCGGCAGCGGCAGCGGCAGCCGGGGUCGCCUCAACUCGUUCACUCAGGGAAUCCUGCCCAUCGCCUUCGCCAGGCCGACUUCGCAGAACUACUGCGCCCUGGAGCAGCCGGCCCAGGGGGCCAGCGCCAGCGCCUUGGAGCAGCUGCAGAGGUCCCGACGUCGCCUCAUCUCCCAGAGAUCAUCCUUGGAGACCCUGGAAGAUAUUGAGGAAAAUGCCCCUCUACGGAGGUGCCCGCCACGUGACUGCAUCACCGGUUGCUGGGGAGAGUCGAUGAGGAUAGCUGUGAGGGCCUCCCAGGAGCCGAAAGGGAUUUCUCCGUUGGGGUCAGAAAGCCACCUGUGUUUGGGUGACAGCAGCUGCGGAGCUGUGCCCUUCCUCAUCCGCCGCCCCCCAUCUGUACCCACCCCCCACCCUCCACCCCCCCUUUAGUGGAGGAGACCGUAUUCACACAGCACACCUCUGCUAGCCCUCGCGGUGGCUCAGCCGGGUUGGUGGCGGAGUGUUCCUUCUGCAGAAGGAGCUGAGGCAGGGUGGGACCCAGACGCUUCACGGGGCAUGC